CCUGCCUGCGCAAUCAACCGCUGACCUUCAGCAACCCAAAUUUGAAGCGCAUUUGAAUUCCCAUCCUUAUUGCACCUCCCAUCUCUUCCCAUCCCAUCCCUUCCCUCCCUCCCUUUCCCUUACAUAACUCAUUCUCCCGCACCCUGUUUUUUUUAUCUGACAAGUGUCUUGAGUACAAGCACAUUAGCAUUAGCAAGGAUGUCUGCGGAGGAUCAGGAAAUGAUGGCGAGGAUCAGCCAACUGGCUGGUCAAAUCAAUCGCCAUAAGAACCAGCAGACGGGCCUGGCACCUUCGACCAGCCAUCAUCACUCGGCACAGCACCGUAUGUCUACAUCUCACGAUAACUCACUCGGCAUCGAAAUUGACCGCCCUCAAGACUCCGGACGUGGAACCAAUAUCUGGCGUCGUGGUGGUCCCCAUACUGCGCGAGGAGGAUAUCGUGGUGCGGGUCUGCCCUCUCACCGACACAGGUCUUUAGUUCUCAAAGGUGCCAAUCAACCGAACAACAAAAGCAACGACAAGGACUCUGGUACUGCGUCGGAUGCUUCCAACUCGUCAUGGGUCACCAAGAAUGACCGCCAUCGCCAACUCAUCAACUCAUCGAUAUAUGAGAAGGAUGCUCAGACUCGCACACGGGCCAUCGAGCAAACGCGCCGACACAAGCUCGCCGUAAAAGACCACAUGGAGCGAUCAAAGCUGUUCAAGCACAUGAGCCAGAACCACAUGAACGGAAUGGGAAAUGGCGGUGGGAGCACUAAUCCUCAAGGGUCUGCGAACAACUACGAGAUUUCGGUCCAGGGAAUUCAGUUCCUUGUGGCCAAAAACGGCAGCAAGCUUGUCAAAGCUCCAGGCGACAACAACUCGGCCAAGGCUACCCCGAAGAUGGCCGUAAUCGGCGGCGUCAAGUUCUAUCGAAGCAAAAACGGGAACUUGUAUCGCCACGGAAUUAUCAAGGCUCAGCGACGAUCUGGCAUCGUCAAGAAAGUCAACGUACCUUGCAAGGCGUUCUCCACGACCGGUAUCUCCCUCCAAUCACGAAUCCCGAGCGGCUACGACUGUGCCCGGAACACGGUAUGUAUGCGGGCAGCUACUAACCACACGUCGAUUCUAGGUUCCUGCCCCAAGGGCCCGCGAUGCCGCUAUAUCCACGACCCGUCCAAGGUUGCCAUCUGCAAGGACUUCCUGCAGAAAGGCGAGUGCAUGAAUGGAGAUGGCUGCGACCUGUCGCACGAGCUGACGCCUCAGCGCACCCCGACGUGCUUGCAUUUUGCCAAGGAUCACUGCACCAACCCGAACUGCAGAUAUGCGCACGUCAAAUUAGCUCCAGGAGCUCUGGUAUGUCGACCCUUUGGUGUCUACGGUUAUUGCGAGAAAGGCGCAGAGUGCCCUGAGCGCCAUUCCCUCGAGUGUCCUGACUUCAGCAACACCGGUGUCUGUAAGACCAAGGGCUGUAAGCUCCUGCACCGAGAGAGGGCAAGCGUCCUGCGCAAGAACACUGCUCGCGACAACCAGAGUGAUGACGCCGAGAUGGAGGACCUCUCGAGCGACGAGGAUGGAGACUCGGUUGACAGCCACGACGUGGACUCUGACGAGGUUGAGGAGUUCAUCGGUCAAGAUGAUGACUUCGACUUCUCGGAACAGAAGGACUUCAUCCAGCUGUGAUGUCAUUCCGCCUCUCCUAUCACCAGUUUCCUAUCCCUUCCUUAACUGAUGGAUACCCCCCGCAAUUUGCUUCUCAUGCUUUCGCUGCAUUAUUCGCAUUGAAAAGAAUAGACGCAUUGGGACAUGGCAAGGAGUCCGGCGCAUUGUCCGAAAUGGAUUGAAUUGGCUAUGGAUCGAUGCAAGGGUAUGCAUCCUGUGUUGGAGAGUCAUUUGUUCCCUCAUUCUUGUAGACACGAUGAUGCCAGUAUCCCGGAUAGACAGGAACUGGACGUUGAAAGAAAAAAAUGGAAAAGAAAUUCACAAA